AUGCCAAACAGAAGGCAGUACACUGUUGGAUGGGUUUGUGCACUGAAUACAGAGCUCACUGCAUCCAAGGCCUUUCUCACAGAAGAACACAAGGAGCCCGUCAAGCGGAAACAAAACGACGCCAACACAUAUAUUCUCGGCAGCAUAGGGGAGCACAAUGUCGUCAUGGCAUGCCUUCCUAACGGCGAAUACGGCGCUAACAGUGCGGCAGCCGUGAUUGCGGACUUGGUAAGGAGCUUCCCAGAGGUGCGCUCCGUGUUGAUGGUCGGUAUCGCUGGGGGUGCGCCAAGCGCAACCAACGACAUACGGCUCGGGGAUGUCGUCGUUGCCACCCCAGGACCAGGCCAUGGCGGGGUGGUGCAGUAUGAUUUUGGGAAGUCUAUUCAAGACCAACGCUUCGUGGUUACUGGGCGGGUGAGCCCUCCGCCGCGCAUCCUCAGUGCUGCAAUACGGAGCCUAAAGGUCGAGCACGAAUCCGAUGGAAACAACCUAGGCGUAUUGGUCAAGGAAGCACUGGAACGUUGUCCUCAGCUGAAAAGGAACUAUGCACAGCCUGACCCCAGCGAAGACGUUCUCUACAAAACCGACUACGUCCAUCAAUCGUUGAGCGAGAGAUCCGAUCAGGCUUGCAUUCAGCAAAUCCCGAGGAGACAACGCCAUGACGAAGACGCCUUUGCUGUUCAUUAUGGGCUUGUGGUUUCUGGAAACUCUUUGAUGGAGGACGCGAUGCUGCGAGACAAGUACUCGUCGGAGAAAGACGUGCUCUGUUUUGAGGUGGAGGCUUUCGGCAUGAUGAACGUCACCGAAUGCGCAGUUAUACGUGGAAUCUGCGACUACAGCGACACUCACAAGAAGGAAAAAUGGCAGGCAUUCGCAGCCAUGAACGCGGCGGCCUAUGCGAGUAGUUUGCUCCGGAAGCUAGACCCUGAAAAGGUUCAAAGGGAGAAGAAACUCGGCGCCACUAACAAUAACAUACACACGGGAGUCGAUGAAGCCGGCCACUUGCCAUCGUCCCAGAUCCACGCUGGCAUCGAGGACUGGUUGGCAGCACCCGGGCCUUCAGUCAACGCAGCCAACGCAAGAGACCGACGACAUCCCGGCACAGGCGAGUGGUUUCUUGCGUCUGACCAGUUUCUUCAAUGGAAACAGGGAGUAAGGCGACAUAUGUGGUUGCAUGGAAUGCCUGGAUGCGGCAAAACCGUUCUGGCCACAACCAUCCUCGACCACGUUGCAGCGCUGAAAGACUCAAUCACCAUUUCGUUUUUCUUCGACUUUAAUGACCGCGGUCUGCAAACGCUUGGUGGGAUGCUCCGCAGCCUGCUUUUUCAGUUGCAUGACACCUUGGCCGGACUCAAUAAUUCCAACAAAGAGCUCGCAAGACUGUUUGAUAAACUUACUGGCGCUCCAGUGUCUGCUGCGACUUUUUUUACUUGCCUCAAAGCUAUGGCGAGUGGGCCGCGCAAAAUCUACAUCAUUCUGGAUGCGCUUGAUGAAUGUAGCCAGCGUCCACUUUUACUAACCUGGAUGAGGGAUCUUCUUUCGGACAACGAGCUCGGUCAAUAUCAACUCAUCGCAACUGGGCGUCCAGAAGACGAGUUUGUGAGGACAUUGAAUCCUCUCAUCGGGGAGGAAAACUGUCUUGAGCUGGACAAGGAGGCCGUUGACAUGGACAUCCAAGCUUACGUCGAUUUCGAAAUUGUCAAUCACCCAGGACUCAGCAGGUGGAAUGGAAACCAUACAGUACAAAAAUUGAUUCGAAAGGAGAUUGGGAACAGUGCUGGCGGAAUUUUUCGAUUGGCCGCGUGUCAGCUAGAAAGCCUGUAUCGCUGUAUAGACCAAAAUCAAAUCGACGAGGUUCUCCGGGCUUUGCCCAAGACCUUGGACGAGGCAUACAGUCGAAUCUUGACACAGAUUCCACCAGCAAGCAAACCAAAGACGAUUCGUCUCCUCCAGUUCUUGGUCUGGGGGAAUGGGCCUUUGGUUCUCGGCGAAGCCGUGGACAUUGUAGCUAUGCGUCCAGAAAACUCGGAAACCCCGUUUGACGUUAACGAUCGGCCACCUCAAUCGAGGGAGACUGUGGGAUAUUGUCCAUCCUUUCUGGCUCUCACUAGAAUUGAGAAAAAUGUGGAACAUUCAACCGAAAAUAUCAAGGUCGACGUUAUCCAUCUUUCGCAUUUUUCAAUAAAGGAGUAUCUUAUGCGAGCAGGUGGCAGCUUCAUCAAGUCACAAGCCACUACGACUAUCAAGGAGUGCUGCACAGCAUACCUUGAGUGUAUCCGCAAUAAACUUAGUACCAGUUCCAACACAGCGCGGCCUGCAGACUUUUCAUUUGGGCCAUAUGCAGCCAGGAACUGGCUCAGCAACUUGCCGAUUCUUGAGCUCAAAGUGCAAGAUCCAGACGAUGACGAAUUUCAAUAUCCAAUGCGCUACUGUGAGUCCUGUGACCGAUUCAUCGACAUGAUAGAGAAGCUUUUCAACACAGAGCCGACUGCAAGCCGGUGGAAGUAUUUUCUCUCGGAACAGCAGACAGCCGGUCUCGUCGAUAACCAUGCGUCAAUCGUAUCCUUUAUCUGCCAAGAGGGUCUCUUUGAAACGGCUGGCCUGGUCUUGUUCACCGCUGACCCAUCUCUGGAAGCCGGCCCAGGCAUGACGAUGGAAGGAAGAGCUUACAUUGCUACCCAACGUCACUCAACAGCUAGCGUCUCCGUCCUACUCCAUAGUGCUCCUGGGCUGCUGCACAGCAUGAGACGAGGGGCACUGAAGGCCAGGUACAGCCUUGAACGGCUCAAACAGUGGGGUUGCAGCUUAGAGAUGAUCCAAAUGCAUAUCCAACACGGACAAAUGUCUCAAGAAGAGUUGGAUUCUGCCCUUUCACAAGCAGCACGCCAAGGGCAUUGCGACCUGGCCGGGCUUCUGCUGGGAAACGGCGCAGAUGCAAAUGCAACGGCUAUCGACAACUCUACGCCUUUGAAAUCAGCAAUCAGACGCGGCCAUGCACGAAUGGUAGAGUUGCUUCUUGAAAACGGCGUAGAUGUAAACGCAGUUUACAUCGACGGCUCCACGCCUUUGUGCAUAGCGGUCGACAGAGGACUUGACGAGAUGGUCGAGUUUCUUCUUCGACACGGCGCGAAAGUCAAUGCGACGUCAGCCAGCGGCUUUACACCCUUGGGAAUAGCUGUCGAUCGCGGCAAUGGGAGAAUGGCGAGAAUUCUCAUCAAACACGGGGCAGAUGUUAAUGCCAAGAAUCAAACCGGGCGUGGCUGGCCUCACACACCUAGUGAGCAUAACACCAGCACUGAUCAGCAUACAACUAUACAAGGCACGCUUCUUGGCACGGUAAUAUCACGGUCCAAUCAAGAACUCGCAUGUGAGCUCCUCGAGCAAGGGGCUCAGAUCAAGAGCGGUUGUGAAAGCAUUCUGGACGGCCCUUUGAUAUAUGCUGUUCAGUGCGGUAACAGACAUAGGGUCCGACUUCUGCUGGAUCUGGGUGCAAACCCCAACUGUCACAAAGACGGCUACACGGCGCUGGCCAUGUCAGCCCAGCGAGGACAUCAUGAAGUAGUAAAAGUCCUACUCGAGCACGGGGCCAGUGCGAAUGCAGAAGAUGCCCGACACGUCGGCGCGUUCCAUGCUGCUGUUUUCAACAUGUCUGAUUUGACCCAUCAAGCAGCGAUUGUCAAACUGCUGGUCAUGAAUGGAGCAAAGGUUGAUGAAUCAGCAAUUCCCGCAGAUGCUGAUCCCCAAAGAUGGAUCGAAUGGCGAUUCAUGAAGAGUUUGGAUACGUUGAUGGAGCUUCCGGAUCUUGGGGAUUUUGUGUCUGGAAAAUUAUCGAUUUUCAAAAAGACAUAUGCGGAAAUAUGCAGACGGCAUGGGGUCCAUAUCUGA